AUGCUCAGCUCUCUGGUAGUCUGCUGGUGGGCUCUCAGCCUGCUUCGGGUCUCAUCUGGGCUGGUCCAUGGGAAGGUCCACUUGGAUGACAGUGAGCCCAUCCUGAGAAGAACUGAGUCCUCUUUCCUCUCAGACAAAGACACAAACCAACGCUCCAGGCCAGAUUCUGCCCUGUUGGCUGUAGACUCUAUGGAGGAUCAGUUAAUAAUGGCUGCAGAAUCUUAUGACGAGGAGGUGUCUGAGGCCUUGCAGCUCAAGACCAGGGCGAUGCGUUCUCCUCGCCGCUGCAUCCCCCAUCAGCAGUCCUGCCUGGGCCACCAGCUGUCUUGCUGCGAUCCUUGCGACACCUGCUACUGUCGCUUCUUCAACGCGAUCUGCUACUGUCGCCGCAUCGGGCAGCCCUGCUCCCACAGGCGCACUUAG